AUGGUCCAAAAUGCACCCCGGGAAGUCGAUUUGCUAAUAGUGGGAGCAGGCCUUCACGGCCUCACAAUGGCCAAAACCUACCUGCAGACCGACCCAGCUGCCAACCUCCUAGUAGUGGACGAGGCCGCCUCGGUCGGCGGGACAUGGGCCUACGAGAGACUCUACCCAGGGCUCGUCACGAACAAUAUCUUUGGCUCGUACGAGCUGAGCGACUUUCCCUUGGUGCCGGAGAAAUACGGCGUUGCUGGUGUUGGACACAUCCCUGGCACUGUGGUUCAUAGCUACUUCUGUGAUGUAGCUGACCAUUUUGGUAUUACGCCGUGUUUGCUGUUGCGGCGUCGGGUUGCGCGCGCAACUGUUGAUGGGUGUCGGUGGAAUGUGCGUGUUGAGUGCGUUGAUGGGUGCAUGGAGGCGGAAGAUCUCAUCGCGAGAAGGUUGGUCAUUGCUACAGGUUUGACGUCAACACCGAGUAUUCCUCGACUACCGGGAUCGAAUCGUUUCACGGGCUUGAUAGUGCAUUCGAAGCAGCUGAAAGAGCAAGCGCAUGCCCUCGCGCAGUGUAACAACGUGGUCGUGCUCGGCGCCAACAAGUCCGCUUGGGACGUGUGCUAUAGAGCUGCUAAGUCCGGCGCGCAGGUCCACAUGGUGAUUCGGCCCUCCGGCGGGGGUCCGAGUUAUCUCUGGCCAAGAUCAUUCUUCAUCGGGCCGUGGAAGGCCUCGUUGGCGAAGAUAUCCGCCACGCGCGGGUUUUCCCUGUUUGAUCCUACGCUAUUUGGUGAGAAUGGAGCGUUUUCUUGGAUUCGUGGGUUUCUCCAUCGUACGUUGGUUGGUAGCUGGCUGUGUCGGUUGUUUUGGAGCUGUCUUGACGAGCAUAUCAAGACGAUUCACGGGUACCGUGGGAAUCCUGAGCUGCAGAAGCUGGAGCCAUGGACCACGCCGUUUUGGAUGGGUAACUCGCUGAGUAUCCACAAUUAUGAGACCAGCUGGUUUGACCUCGUUCGCGAGGGAAAGAUCCAUGUCCACAUUGCGCAAGUUACAGGCAUUUCCACGAACAGCGUCCAGAUUACAGGAGAGACCGAAAGGUCUCUAGACGCAGAUGCUAUUGUGUGCUGUACGGGAUGGAAGGCAGAAGUUCCGGUGGACAUCCACUCUACUACCUGUGACAAACAACAUGCAAAGGCCCACGACGAGAUACUCCAGAGGAUCCCUUACCUCCCGUUUUCUCCAAAAACUCGCAAUGCUCCCCCAGUUGGAGAGAAGAACCAAACGUCGGAAACCGUCCCUGCUCCAGAGCUCUACCGGCACAUUGUCCCGUCCGGUAGGGAGUCCUUUCGAAAUCGAAAUAUUGCGUUCAUCGGCAUGCACUCCUGUCUCCAUGCGUUUAUCGUGGCGCAGGCCCAGGCGCUAUGGAUCACCGCUUUCUUCAAAAAUCAAGUAAAUCAUCUCCAUGAUAUGGAUCAUGAAGCUGUUGAGUAUAACACUGCCCUACAUAGCGCAUUUACGCGGAUACGACGGCCCAAAGAAUUGGGCGGAUCAGGCGGAAACUAUCCCGACUUGGUGUUUGAUAGCUUGCCGUAUGUUGAUGUUCUGCUGAAUGAUGUGGCGGUCGAGUCGAAGCGAAAGGGGAGUUGGUGGAGGGAGCUCACGGAGCCAUAUCGUCCUGGUGAUUAUGUUGGAUUGGUAGAGGAGUGGCUCGCCGCGAGGACGAGUAGCUAG